GAUCCCGGUUCGGUGCUGAGCUGACUACCGUCACGGUGGUACAAUACAUGCCGUGUGGUCACUUCAAUCAAGGUUCUUUGAUGGUUCGCAGGUAUAUAUGUAUGCGACACGUUGCUGCACCACUUGCAGACUGGUUCGCAGCAAUGUCUGCGGGCGAGGUCGGAUAUGCGAUGGCAAUGCUCGAUGUAGGAUUCGUGGAAAACUGCUGCUAUUCCGCAGCGUGCACAAUCUACACAUAUGACCGCUGUCUCACCUUCUGGCGGGAAUUCGACCUGUUAUGGCGACAUCGAAGCAUGUCUGUAGCAACUGGAUUGUACCUGUUACUGCAUUUUUCCAUUGCAGUGUACCUAUAUUUGACCGUUAUAUUGGGACUCUUCGUCACCAAAUGCGAGGUGAAGUACAAUCUCCUUUGGGUGCGGCAAACAGGCUGACCUUGCUGUAGAGGUAGAACAUCCCGCCAUGGUCCCAGGCUUACUCAUGACCAGGACUGCCUCAUGUAGCGGUCACAUCUUGAAUGUGAUAGUGAUAUGCGCCGGCGCAAUGUUCCAUAUUGCUAAUGGCGUCUUCACGGCAUUGCGUGCCUACGCCAUCAGUAAUCGCUCCGUGCCACUCGCGGUCGCAAUUUGCCUGUUCUCUCUAGUGGAGGCCGCG